AUGAACCUCCGAGAUGCUGACACCGGCAAAAUCUUCUGGCAGAAAAUGGAGGACUUCUCGGCCGCAGAUCGCGAACAUGAAGCCCGCGUGCCCAAGAAGCUCCUCAAGUGUCGCGCCGUCUCGCGUGAGAUUGAGUUUUGGUCCGAGGAUGCUCUCGAUGACUUUCGUCUCGAGCAGCGUGUUCACUUUAAUGGCACCGUCAUCGAAGAAUGGCACUUCAAGUUUGGCUUCGUGAUUCCCGACUCAACCAACACAUGGCAAAACACCAUCGAGGCAGCGCCCGAAGCCCAGAUGAUGCCUGCCAGUGCGCUCAGUGGCAAUGUGGUCAUUGAAACCCUGUUUUAUGACGGUGACCGCCUUCUCGGCACCUCACGAGUUCGCGUCUUCUACGUGUAA